AUGUUCGGCGAGAUCGAUUAUUCCUUACCCAAUCCUCAUGGUUCAUUAUCUGAAAAUUUACAUCAACAAUCCUUAUCAGAACAAUCUCAUUCUUCACAAAAUUUUAAUUGGCAUUAUUAUUCAAUUGAUUUAUUUCUAACUAAUAUUAGUAUAAUGUCAACAUUUACAACUAACGAUACAGUAUUUCAUCAUACAAAUGUUUCAAUAAAUGCUUCUUUAAAUUCUGAUAAAACAUUAUUAUCAUCAUCAUCAUCAAAUGAUGAAGCAUCGGAUUAUCUUCUUUAUCUUAUCAUUCCACUUUAUUCUCUUGUUUUUGUUAUUGGUACAAUUGGUAAUAUUUUAGUUAUAUUAACAGUUGUUACAGUUAAACAAAUGCGUAAUACAACAAAUGCACUUAUUUUACAUUUAGCUAUUGCAAAUUUAUCAUUUGUACUUAUGUGUAUCCCACAUACAAUAUACGUUUAUGUUGUUCAUUCAUAUUAUUUUCCUCGACUUUUAUGUAAAUUAGCUAAUACAUUAAUGUAUUUAAGUGCCUAUGUUAGUAUAUAUAUUCUGGUAUUAAUGUCUGUUGAUCGAUUUCUUGGUGUCGUUUUUGCUGUUAAAUCAUCGAAAUAUCGAACUGAACGUAAUGCACAUUUAGCAGUUAUUGUCGUUUGGUUAGUUGGAAUUAUUUUUUCUUCACCUAAUAUGAUCUAUUACGAUGUUUUACUUGCUAAUUCUAUAAAUGAUGUUUGGGUAUGUUUAUUUUCUGAUGAUAAUUCAUUUUUUAAUACAACAAGACAUGUAACAGCAUAUUGCUUUGCUAUAUUUGGUUUAAUUGUUCCAUUAAUAAUUAUUGCGAUUCUUUAUGGUCUUAUUAUACAAGUUUUACGUCAAAAUUCAGCAGGUAAACAAGUAGCAAAAGGUAAAAAACGUGUAACAAAAAUGGUUUCAGCUGUUAUAUCAUCAUUUGUUAUAUGUUGGACACCUAUGCAAAUAUAUUUAUUAUAUACACAUCAUAAUCAUGUUAUAAUAUUAUUUGCAAUUGUUUCUCAAAGUCUUGUUUAUAUAUCAGCAUGUAUUAAUCCUAUUUUAUAUGCAUUUUUAUCUGAACCAUUUCGUAAAGCUUUUAAACAAUUUUUAACAUGUUCAAAAAUAUAUUUAAAUCAAGAUUUACCAUCAAAUCCGCGACGUAAAAGUUCAUCAUAUCGUAUUAUACAACAACAAUCAGUAAUAAGAAAAACUUCAUCAACUGUAUUAGCAAAUGAUCUUAAGAAUAAAAGAACAUCAUCGGAGAAUCAUCAAUAUAGAAUGAGUGAUUUAAAUUCUGAAACGACAUCAAUAAGAAAAACAUCGGAACCAUUAAAAUAUAAUCGAUUAUCACAUACAAAUACUUCUAGUAAUAAUUAA